AUGCAAGCUGGAAUUGUGCGAUUCGAUGUUGAGUUUUCAAGAGCACAUACCCCUUCCCUACCAUGCUGUCGCGACCGAUUCGGGGAGCAGUCGUGUCAGGCACUCAGAGAGACUCACCCGUCUCAAUUCGAGAAGAGGUGUCUGAACGAUCAUGAUUUCCACACGCUAGGUUGCUGUGCAGAAUGCAGGAAAUACAUUGAAAUCAAUAACAUUCAUCCAGACAACUCCCGCUCAUUGUUAAAGGCUCCCAAACUCUGUCGAGACAAGCAUUCUUUGCAGUUUUGCAGGAAGUUCAAAGCAGUUGGUUUGGGCAAGUUCAGUUGCGCGAAUGCGGACUUUGCAGUGAGAGUUUGUCGACACACUUGUGGCUACUGCAACGAUGCUCUCUAUGAUGGAAUGAAGUCCGCUCCCUUAUGCAGUGGCAGCUUCGCUACAAGCCUCGGUCCUAAUUACACAUUCUUGAAAAAUAUGAAUUGA